AUGGUCUUCUUGCUGGCUUUGCUCGUGGUCGUGGUGGUCGUGCUACUUGGGAUGAUUGAAAUGGUCAAGGUAAUUGAGAAGGUCGAGACUCAGAUCAAUCAACAAGGAUCAAGAAUGAAAAGGAGAAAUCUUACCUGGAAGAGCGAAUUGCAGCUGGUUGGGCUUCCUUACCAAUCAAGCUAUGGUCAUCAACCCUGUAUCCAACAUUAUUCAAAGAGGCAUUUACCUGCUAGUGAACCUCAUGCCACAUGUGUUGCAACUGACGAUGAGGAAAACCACUUGACUAAAACUGGCAGCCACAUUUCUAAUGAUAUUCAAAUCUCAGAAGACCUUUCAUUAAAAAAAUGUACUGAAGUCACAGAGGUAUCAGAAUACACACUUGAUCACGUUGAAAAGACGGAUUCUCAUCUGUCAGAAAUCACCAAAGAGCAUAUUUUGCAGAUCACAUCAUCUCAGAAACUGGAUGUCGAGGAUGUUGUGAAAUUACUAUCCAAUGAGAUUGAAAGUUUACCAUUUGCAACAGAAGAUGAAGGUAAGCCCUCAACUUACACUUGUACCCGUAUUCUUCAAGAAAUUGAGAUUCCUGAAACUCACGGGCCUGAAAAGAGAUGCAUGGCAGUGGCAGUGAAAAUCAUUGCAGACGUUCAAUAUGACAUGGUCAUGACAGCAUACGCCGGGUCUGAUGUUGAGAUGAUAGACUGUGGACACAUUGAAACAAUUGUCAACUAUGGUGGGGAGUGA